GGAGGGGGAGUCAGUUCGGGGUAGUAAGUGCACUCGCUGUGCAUUUAAUUGUGUAGUCUAGUAUCCCAAAGGCUGGGUGGAACUGGAGAUUUCCACCGAGGAGAGACGUUGCUGCAGCUAAACUUUCCCACGCUGUCCUCGUUACUAACCUUGCACUCGUUUGCUUCGUAAAUUAAAAAGUUGUACCUGCUGGUUGACUCAAGUUACUAGCGCGAUUGUUCAUCUCCAGCUCUACUGAGCACCGGUUUGGUGCAUAUUUGACUUAACUCUGGGGGGAAAAAGACUCUAUCAAGAUGCCUCUGGGACCUGUAAUGAGGUUAGAUCUAGAGAAAAUAGCGCUCGACUAUAUUGUACCCUGUUUGCAUGACAUCGGCUUCUGCUACUUGGACAAUUUCCUGGGCGAGGUGGUAGGGGACUGUGUGUUGGAGCGAGUGAAACAGAUGCACUAUAACGGGGAGCUGCAGGAUGGUCAACUAGCCGGCCGCAGCAAUGGCAUCUCCAAAAGACAUUUGAGAGGAGACCAGAUAAAGUGGAUCGGAGGCACCGAGGAAGGAUGUGAGGCCAUCAACUUUCUCUUGUCAUUGAUAGACAGGCUGGUGAUGUAUUGUGGAAGUAGACUGGGCAAGUACUAUGUCAAGGAAAGGUCCAAGGCAAUGGUAGCUUGCUACCCUGGGAACGGAACUGGGUAUGUUCGUCACGUAGACAAUCCAAAUGGCGAUGGGCGCUGUAUCACCUGUAUUUAUUACCUGAAUAAGGACUGGGACUCAAAGCUGCAUGGUGGAAUUCUUCGAAUAUUCCCAGAAGGAAAGUCCUAUGUAGCAGAUGUUGAGCCCAUUUUUGACAGGUUACUUUUUUUCUGGUCAGACCGAAGGAACCCACAUGAAGUGCAACCUUCCUAUGCAACCAGAUAUGCCAUGACUGUGUGGUAUUUUGAUGCUGAAGAAAGAGCAGAAGCCAAAAAAAAGUUUAGGAAUUUAACUGAUGCUGGGAAGACAGAAGCUGUUCUCCAUGAAGACUGAACAGUGAUCUGCUGGCAUAGUGCUUCUAUCACAACAGUUUCUGAACUCUUUGCAAAUGAUGAGAUCCAAAGAUGACUUGUCCAUUUCCAGUGAAACAUUAGACAUUCUUCUUACCCACAGGAAUGUGCUGAUUUGUCUAACGCCUGCAUAUUACAUUGAUGGUACUCUCAGUAGCCUCCUAUUAUGUCUGCAUCUGGCAGAAGAAACCCUUGUUUUCUAUUUGCCUUUAACUGAAGAAACUAACCAAGAUUUCAGUAAAAGAAGAAUGUCACCAAAGCGUAAUGCAAGUGGCUAAGCCAGCUGGCUUUUAGUAAUGGUGGUAAUAAAGAUAACAAGUAUUGGAACCAGUGGGGAAAAAACCUGAGUUUUAUUUGCACUUUAUGUAAAUUUCUUAGCUCAAUGGGAAGGAGAUUUACAAAUUAAAAUCUGUUGCAGAUGCUGAUGGGCAGUGCAAGAUAUUGGAAAUGUGAAAUUAAACUAGGUAUUUGUAGAGGUUCAUCUUCUGUUAUGCUUAACGUGGGGCCAUUGAUGAGCUGCUAAUCACUUUUGUUGCACAGAGCAUUGGCUUAACUCUCCUGUAUUAUUACUUUGUAAAAGGAUAAUCUUCCGCAUUGCCAUCAAACUGCCUGGAUUUUGUUCACAUUUCAGUGGUCAAGUAGUAGCAAUUCAGUUGCUUUGCUCUUUUACAGCCCCCGGACAGAGGGUGGGGAGGCAGUUGCUCAUCUGUUCACAAUUUUGUGAUAUAUUUUUUUUCUUUUUGAUUUGAGAUGGAUCAAUGUUCACUUCCAUUUUCCAUUUGUUUUUUAAAGCAGCUGGUUUCUCUGAAAGAUUGGUAAGCUGGGAAGGUUGAUGGCACACAAAAUGCUUUAGCCCUUAGAGCCAAGAAUUUUUAAUUCAGUCUCUAUAUACCAACUUGUGUAUGGUAGAAGUGUGAAUUUGGAAGGUAAAGAUAUGUUUGGCAUCCUGACAAAUGUAUGAUGAAAAGCUUUCUCUAAUUUAGCAUUUUGAUUUCUCUCUCUCUCAUGCCCAUCCUGAGCUCGGACAAUUGGUUAAUUUUGUAUGUGUGUGCACUUUGAAUGAAAAAGUGAUGCUGUCCCAAUUGUUCCAAAUUAUUUUCCCUCCUGCAUUUGAGCCACAAGAUGUACC